AUGCCUGGAGCUUCUGUUUUAUCUUUAAUGGAAUUAAAAAAAAGGCAGUUAAGAGAUGAACGUAUUAAAAAGCGUUGUUUGCGAGUAUUAUCAGAUCCAGUGGAUAUGAACGAAACAUUAUUCAUAUCAUACUACCGACUGAACAAAGCUGCAUUUCAAAUGGUAUUGGGAGAGCUAGCUCCACUAUUGCCAAAGUGCUCUAUUCCGGAGAGUAUACAACUAGCAUCUGUGCUGAGAUUUUUAGCAGUUGGAUCCUACCAAGGCGUUAUAGCCAAUGACGCAAACUUAUCCAUGGGACGCUACACCUUCUGCAAAAUCUUAUGGAAAGUAAUGCCUUUGUUAGAGGAAACAUUGUGUUCAAAAUGGAUUAGCAUUGUUUUAGAUCACCAGGAACAGAGUGCUUCGAAAACACAUUUCUACCAAAAAUUUGGUAUACCCGGCGUAGUUGGAUGUGUUGACGGGACACUCAUUCGACUAACGAAACCACCAUCGGAUCAUGCUUUAUAUUUCAGCAGAAAGGGACACUACAGCAUUAAUGCUAUGAUGGUUUGUGAUUAUGAUUUACGUAUUCUAGCUGUAGAUGCAUGUAGACCUGGCUCAUGUCAUGAUUCAUUUGUAUGGAAUAUGAGUGAUGUUAAAAGAUACUAUUUAGAAUUGUAUGAUGAAGGCAACCACAAUUUUCGAAUCUUAGGAGAUUCUGGAUAUCCACUAAAACCAUACUUAUUAACACCGUACAAAAAUCCUUCCUAUGGUACUGUACAGUAUACUUUCAACCUAAAACAUGCAUCUGCUAGAAACGUUGUGGAAAGAACCAUAGGUGUCCUCAAAAGCCGGUUUAGAUGCCUUCAAAAUGUUCUUCCAUAUAAUCCAUCAAAAGUAGUAACAAUCAUCAAUGUAUGUUGUGCAUUGCAUAACAUAUGCAAACAUUUUGGUAUUACAACGGCCGAAGCACUUAUUACGAGUGUAAGUGAUGAUGAUUUUGAAAUGGAAGAUGAUGAAUAUGACAACACAGCAGUGAAUAUACGAGAUAGAAUAGCCCAGUCCCUAAACACAAACAGAUAG